AUAUUUCGAGGACGUUAAUUACUAUAUAAACAUUUGCUUGUCAUCAAUAAGGAUACACCUGUUAUAGAUAUAGAGAAGUGACGAUGAAAUUAUUUGUGUGCAUUUUCUCUUUAAUUGCACUAAGUAGUGCAUCCUCUGCUAUUAACGGAACUGUAGGGGGCUGCACUAUCACGAAUUACAAUCAAGUUGAGAGUGUUAUCAACAGUUGCACAACAAUUUCGGUAGGAAGCUUCGCGGUACCUGCCGGUGUCACCCUUAAUUUACAUUUAAAGACUGGUACGCAUCUAACUUUCAAUGGAAACCUAGCAUUCGCUUAUAAAGAAUGGGAUGGACCACUUAUGCGUAUCACAGGGGAUCAACUAACAGUGCUAGGAGAAUCAUCUCAUUUGAUUGAUGGACGCGGAGAACUUUGGUGGGACGGACACGGUGGUCAUAGUUCCAAAAAGAAGCCCAGAGUAUUGGAAAUCUCAGCAACUAACUCCUAUUUUAAAGCACUUAAAAUCAAAAAUUGUCCGAUGACUUGUGUUGGUAUUUCCGGUUCUACCAGUGUUACUAUUGACUAUUGGAAUAUCAAUAACAAGGAUGGAGAUACCAAAGGAGCCUAUAAUACUGAUGGAUUUGAUCUGGCCCACUCAAACUAUAUAACUAUCAAGAAUACAGUCGUAUGGAACCAAGACGAUUGUAUUUGCGUUAACCAAGGUCAACAUCUGAUGUUCCAGAAUCUGCAUUGUACGGGAAGCCAUGGUUUAAGUAUAGCCGUUGGAAUUUACCAAGCUUACGCUGAUAACACUGUUCACAAUGUCACAUUCAAAGAUUCCGUAGUUGAAAAUGCAAAUCUUGGUAUGCACAUCAAGACUAUUGCUGGUAGCCAGAAAGGAGAAAUUUCCAGCGUAACUUAUAGCAAUAUCAAACUUUCAGGUAUUACCUGGUGGGGUAUUAAUAUUCAACAGGAUUACACUAACGAUGGUUCUACAGGACAACCGAUGGGAAACAUCGUAAUCAAAGAUUUGACGCUUUCAAACAUUUAUGGAACUUUAUCAGGAACCGCUAGUACCGCAAUUUAUGUUUUAUGUGGAUCCGGUGGAUGCUCUAACUGGCAUUGGUCAGGUAUCAAUCUACAGGGCGCAGCACAUCCAAAUUCUUGUAACUAUGCUCCAAGUGGAUUCACGUGUUAGAACAAUCAAAAGAUAAUAAAUGAUAUUUACUCAUA